AAACACGAAGUUUAGGAAAUAUAACCAUAACGUAGAGUAAUUUAUAAUUAGUUUUCGUUUUAAAAACUCUGAUCUAUAUCAAUUACUUUAUGUUUAUCUAUCUCUUCAAGUUAAAAUAUCAAUUAACUUAAUUAAUUGGAACAAAAUCUAAACAAAAGUAUGAAAACAAAAACCACGUGGUUGACAUUUAAAAUUGUUUUUACAUUUAUUUUCCUCAAUUUUCCUGUUUUUCAUUCAUAAAAUUUUAUCAAUUAUUUAACUAACGACAAAAAUUAGUUAAACAAAUUUGGAAAUAUGACGUCAAGAAAAAGAUCGAAUGCAUUUAAAUGGGUAAAAUGUGAUAAAUGUGACUGUCUUAUUAGUACAGAAGACAAUGAAAAUCAUUUGGAGGAAUGUCCUCCACCUAAGGAAAAUUGGAUUUACAGAUUUAUACGAAACGGAGUUUUGCAUAGUUUGGUUGAAAUUUACAAUGCGAAGGAUAUGCCAGAGAAUAUUAGCGAAACUGAAGCUAAUAAAAUGAUAUUUCUAUCAACUUCCGCUAUGGAAUUUUGCAAUAUUGCUUUAGGUGAUGACGUAAUUGUUGUUGGAAAUAAUGUUGUUGUUAAAACUGCUUUCCAUUCUAACAAUUCAAAUGUCGUUAGUGUAUCACUAACAAAAAGUGCCUUAGAAUUAGACAGACUUGGUUCGCACAUAAAAGUUCAAAAACUAAAAACCGCACCACGUCUCGCUAAGGAAAUUUUUAUCGAAUACCUAGGAAAACAAACUUUACCGACCUUUUCAUCCGAAUUCGAUUUGAUGAUUAAAAGUCACACGGACAAUAGUAUUUUUGCCAUCGACAAUAGAAUUUCCAUUCCAUUUUACUGUAGAAAAUUGACAUUUAAAAUUGUCAAAGUGAAAUUCGACACUGAUUUGCAUCGCGAUGAGGAGGAAGAAUUAACGAAAGAUUUAAGCAAAACUUUCGCCGAACUAAAUAUAUCAGAAGACAAUAUAAAUCUCUACAAAGCAGUUUAUAACACCAAAUGGAUUAUUCUCGAAAAUAAAGUACAAACAGAAAAGAGAAAAAAGUUCAAAUUGGAAAAUAUAGGUGGAUAUGGAAAUCUUAUUUCAAAAAUAAAAAAUCUAAUGGACGAUGCUUUGGGAUUAUGUGGAGAAAUUAGUCAAUUUAAUGCAAUUAAAGGCAUUUUACUCUACGGUCCAUUGGGAAUUGGAAAAUCGACAAUAGCAAAUACUCUAAUAUCCGAGUACAAUGUCAAUUCGAUAACAAUCAGUGUUUUGAAUUUAAUCCCCAAAUCCCAGGACGAUACGGAAACGGUAUUAAAGGAAUAUUUCGACGAAGCAAUUCUUAAGGCUCCGAGUAUAAUACUCUUAGAGGACGUGGACACUAUUUGUCCGAAGAAAACCAGUUCGAGUACAGAUCAAGAGAGAAAAUUACUCGCUACGUUAAUUAAUCUAUUCGAUGAAUUGCGUUACACAAAUGCAAGAGUUGCCGUUUUGGCGACAACAUCGAAAUUGGAUUUUGUCGAUAAUGCCCUACGUAGAUCGGGCAGAUUACAAAAGGAAUUUGAAAUCAAUGUUCCCGAUCGUAUAAUGCGAAAGGAUAUUUUGACAAAAAUUCUAAUCAAUGUACCGAAUAAUCUCACUGAACAGGAGGUGGAAAGUAUAUCGUCGGAAACACACGGUUUUGUAGCCGCUGAUUUGGAGGGUUUGUGUUCCGAGGCAAGAUCGUGUGCCAAGGAACGUUUAUCGAAGGAAACGGAAUUUUUCCCAACAAACGAUAUUGAGAUAAGUUUCGAGGAUCUUGAGUACGCCUUGAGAAAUGUGAAUCCAUCGGCAAUGAAGGAAGCCCUGGUGGAAGUGCCAAAUGUCAAAUGGUCUGAAAUCGGUGGACAAAAUGAACUGAAAUUGAAAUUGAAACAAGCUGUCGAAUGGCCUUUGAAGCAUCCGGAAGUCUUUAAACGAAUGGGUAUUGUUCCACCGAAGGGAGUGUUGAUGUUUGGUCCACCUGGAUGUUCGAAAACAAUGAUUGCCAAAGCUUUAGCGACCGAGAGCAAUCUUAAUUUUCUCAAUAUUAAUGGUCCUGAAUUAUUUUCAAAAUGGGUGGGAGAUUCUGAAAAAGCUGUGAGGGACAUUUUCCGAAAAGCAAGACAAGUCGCACCGUCAAUUAUUUUUAUUGAUGAAAUUGAUGCCCUUGGUGGUGAAAGAGCAUCGUCAUCAUCAAAAAGCGGUGGAAGUAACGUUCAGGAGCGCGUUUUAACACAACUUUUAACCGAAUUAGACGGAGUUACCGCAUUAGGAAAUGUUACUUUAGUUGCCGCCACUAAUCGACCUGACAGACUCGACAAGGCUCUCCUACGUCCUGGUAGGCUGGACCGAAUAAUUUACGUUCCACUUCCUGAUGUUGAGACACGAAGAGAAAUUUUUUCGAUAAAAUUAAAGAAAAUGCCAAUUGCUGACGAUAUUAUUAUUCAGGAUUUGGUUGACAUUACCGAGGGUUAUUCGGGUGCGGAAAUUCAGGCAGUUUGUCACGAGGCCGCAAUGAAUGCACUGGAAUUAGAUUUGUCAGCGACAAUUAUUACAAAAGAACAUUUUCGAACAGCUUUAUCAGUUGUGAAACCAAGAACAUCUGUGUCCUUAAUCAAAAUGUACGAUAAUUAUUUAGCCAAUGCGGAUUUACAAACAGUGAGAACUACAUUGUAAAUAAUAAUUUUUACACAUGACUGACACAUCAUUUUGUUGUGAUAAAUAUUUUCGUUAUUAUACAUUUUUAUUUUUUAAGAAAAUGAAAAUAAUAAAUUUUUAAAAUAAUUGUAAAA